UUAAUCGUUUGAAUCUCACAGAUCUUACCCAGCUGAACCACUCCUACGCAUCCAUGUGUUCCAAAUUGAUAUAUGACAAUAUCUACUUUCGAUCACGUGUUGCGGGGCGAUUUAGACGGAUCGCGCGUCAUCUCGCCUUCCCAAAUUUUCUCCUUCUGCAGCUCGAAUCCAAAACAUCAUAUCUGUAGUACGGACUACAGGAGAAAGAUGUUUAACUCUGUUAAUCUGGGCAACUUCUGCUCCCAGACGCGUAAAGACCGGACAUCUGAGUUUGGGGACAGGACUGGCUGUGCCUCCAACAUCUACCUCCCCAGCUGCACCUACUACGUUCCCGAAUUUUCCGCCGUCUCUUCGUUCCUUCCACAGGGGCCCUCGCGACAAAUCACAUACCCCUAUUCCACAAAUCUAUCUCAAGUGCAACCAGUGCGAGAUGUUUCCUAUGGUCUGGACCCCUCCAGCAAGUGGCACCACAGAACCAACUAUGCAUCGUGCUACUCAGGAGACGAUCUGGUGCACAGAGACUGUCUUCCGCCAUCCACCGUGACAGAAAUGCUCAUGAAAAACGAGAGUGUGUACAGCCACCACCACCACCACCAGCAUCAUCCGAACUCUAGCCACCCGUCCACUGGUUUCUACACCGGCGUAGGGAAAAGCAACGUGCUCCCUCAAGGUUUUGACCGCUUUUUUGAAACCGCCUAUUGUAGCACGGACAAUCAGUCAGAACAUUGUUUACAAAAGAGCGAGAUGAACAAAUUAGAGACUUCGUCCCAGCAACCCACAGCUGUUUCCGCAGCGCAGGAGCCGGAAAAGGACGCAGAGGAUGAGGAGGAACAUACAAAUUCGGGCUCGUGCACUUCAGCAGCUACUAAGGACGGCAACGCAAGCAAGAGCAGCCAUUCGAGUAUCCCGCGCACAAGAAAGAAGAGAUGUCCAUACUCCAAGUUUCAGAUUCGUGAACUGGAACGAGAAUUUUUCUUUAACGUUUACAUCAACAAGGAGAAAAGGCUGCAGCUGUCCAGAAUGUUAAAUCUUACUGACAGACAAGUCAAAAUAUGGUUUCAAAAUCGUAGAAUGAAAGAAAAGAAAUUAAGCAGAGAUCGCUUGCAGUAUUUCUCUGGGAAUCCGUUGUUGUAAUUGUUGAAAUGGCGUUGCCUUUUAUUUAAUAUCUCUGCAAACUAAAAUUACGUAUGUCUAAAAAUGCCCAUCAAGCUAAUUCAAUCAUUAGAAAAUGUGUUUGUUACGGCCAGCAACAGUACUAAAAAUUGUUAGACUUAGAUUUUGAUUGUAAUAGCCGAGGGUGGGGAGAGAGAAUGCAAAUUUGCUUAAUGUCAAAUUAAACCGGCAUUUCUAGUUUGUGAUUCACAAACUAAAACGUACACCUCACAAG